AUGUCAGAUAAUAACAUUGUUGGAAUAGAAUAUAAUAGAGUUACAAAUACCACCUCCACUGAUUUCCCAGGUCAUCAACAAAAUGGAGAUUAUGCAUGGGAUAUUGAAAAAUUCAAGAAUAAAUUUGAAAUUAAAAUAACCAAUAUGGGAGAAAGAACCGGUACAUUUGAUUUGAUCCAUAUAGAUACAUCUAUAUCCAAUGCUUUUCGUCGUAUUAUGAUUGCUGAAGUUCCUUCAGUUGCCGUUGAAACUGUAUAUAUGUUUAUGAAUACUUCAGUUAUUCAAGAUGAAGUGUUAGCACAAAGAAUUGGGUUAAUUCCAUGGAAUAUUAGUCCAGAUAAAUUGUCUUGGGUUGAUGAAUCAGUUGAUGUUAAUGAUAGAUUCACUGAAGAUAACACUAUUGUCUUGUCAUUAGAUGUCACUUGUACCAAAAAUCCAAAUGCUCCAAAGGAUGCAACCGAUCCAAAUGUAUUGUAUAAAAAUUCAAAUGUUUAUGCUAAGGAUUUAAAAUUUGAACCUCAUGGUACUCAAGCAGAAAAAUUCAGGGAUACUCCUGUAGUACCUUGUGAUCCAAAUAUUUUAAUCGCUAAGUUAAGACCAGGUCAAGAAAUUUCAUUAAGAGCUCAUUGUAUCUUAGGUAUUGGAUCAGAUCAUGCUAAAUUUUCCCCAGUUGCUACUGCAUCUUAUAGAUUAUUACCAGUUAUUGAUAUAAAAGAACCAAUUACUGGUAAAUUGGCAGAAAAAUUCCAAAAAUGUUUCCCACCUGGUGUUAUUGGUAUUGACUCCAAAACUGGUGAAGCUUAUGUUGCUGAUGCUAGAAAAGAUACUGUUUCUCGUGAAGUUUUAAGACAUCCUGAAUUUGAUGGUAAAGUUAAAUUGGGUAGACAAAGAGAUCAUUUUAUAUUUAAUGUUGAAAGUACUGGUGCUAUGACUCCUGAUGAAAUCUUCUGUAAAUCUGUUAGAAUUUUGAAAAACAAAGCUGAAUACUUAAGAAACUGUCCAAUUAGUCAAUAG